UUUCAUUCAGAUGCAAUCGAUCUGGACUAUGAACCAGACAACGAACUUGAUAUUACCAGUUCGGAACUUCCGAAGGCACACUCACAGCGAUCCCCUGAGCAUACUGAACUACCGCCUGCAGCCGUUGUUGAGCCUAGGUUGACCCGUGAAUCAUGCCCCGUACGCCCCGAAACAGCGCUAGUACCGAAUGAUUCGCAAGAUGUCAGAUACGACAAUUUAUCUGAAAUCAAUGCGUGCCAUUUUCGAUGCUGUUCGAGAACGAGCCGUUGA